AUAAAUCUUAUAAUUAUGUCAGUAUACUCAGUAAAUCGUGUUAUAAAUGUAAUUCUAUACAAUACGUGCAAAAUAUUGAACUAUACAGUCAAUCCAGUCCUGGCGGAAGAACACAUUGCUGUGAGAAGUAGUUCCAGUCGGUACAGACUGGAUAAGUUCAGACAGUGGCGGAUGAAGAGCUCAGAAGUUCCUGCAGGCGUUCAUCAACUGAGGACUCUUCUAGCAGACGCAGCUCCAGCCAUGUCUCAGACAAAGACUACGGCCUCUGGCUUCAUUCAGACACAGCAGAUGCCUGCUGCUAUGGCGGAAACCUUCCUGGAGCAUCUGUGCCUGCUGGACAUUGACUCUGAACCUACAGUGUCUCGAAACACCGGCAUCGUCUGCACACUCGGACCUGCUUCACGUUCUUUGGAGACACUGAGAGAGAUGAUUUUGUCCGGCAUGAACGUUGCACGUCUGAACUUCUCUCACGGAACUCACGAGUACCAUGCUGAUACCAUCAAGAGUGUCCGUGAAGCUAUUGAGAGUUUUGGAGCUGGUACCAUUGAAUACCGACCUGUUGCCAUUGCCCUGGAUACCAAGGGCCCUGAGAUCAGAACUGGGCUUAUUAAGGGUAGUGGCACUGAGGAGGUCAAGCUUGUCAAAGGUAACAUAAUCAAACUGACUUUGGAUGACAAGUUCAUGGACAAUUGUGAUGAAAAUACCCUGUGGCUGGACUACAAGAACAUUACAAAGGUGGUGCAGCAGGGCAGCCAUAUUUACAUAGACGAUGGUCUGAUUUCACUCAAGGUUAAGGAAAUUGGUUCUGAUUUCCUGAACUGUGAGAUUGAGAACGGAGGCAUGUUGGGCAGCAAGAAAGGUGUGAACCUGCCUGGAGCCAACGUUGACCUGCCCGCAGUGUCUGAGAAAGACAUCAAGGACCUUCAGUUUGGUGUGGAACAGGGCGUGGAUAUGGUUUUUGCCUCCUUUAUCCGCAAAGCUGCUGAUGUGCACGCUGUCAGGAAGGUGCUCGGAGAGAAAGGGAAGGACAUCAGGAUAAUCAGCAAGCUGGAGAACCACGAGGGUGUGCGCAAGUUUGAUGAGAUCCUUGAGGCCAGUGAUGGUAUCAUGGUCGCCCGUGGAGAUCUGGGUAUUGAAAUCCCUACUGAAAAGGUGUUCCUGGCUCAGAAGAUGAUGAUUGGCCGUUGCAAUAGGAUUGGCAAACCAAUCAUCUGUGCCACACAGAUGCUGGAGAGCAUGAUAAAGAAGCCUCGUCCUACCCGUGCCGAGAGCAGUGAUGUGGCCAAUGCUGUGCUCGACGGUGCCGACUGCAUCAUGCUGAGUGGAGAGACUGCAAAAGGAGAAUACCCAAUAGAGUCUGUGCGCACACAGCACCUGAUUGCCCGUGAAGCCGAAGCCGCCAUGUUCCACAGGCAGUUGUUCGAAGAGCUUCGUCGUACCUCCCAUCUGACCCGUGAUCCCACUGAGUCUGUGGCCAUUGGCGCAGUGGAAGCCUCCUUCAAGUGCUGUGCCAGCGCCAUUAUUUGCCUCACCAAGACUGGCAGGUCUGCCCAGCUGCUGUCCAGAUACAGGCCUCGUGCUCCUAUCAUGGCUGUGACCCGUAACGGUCAGACAUCUCGGCAGCUGCACCUGUAUCGCGGCGUCAUCCCCAUCCUCUACACCAAGCCUGCCAAUGACAUAUGGGCUGAGGAUGUGGAUCUCCGUGUCAGCUUCGCACUGGAGAUCGGCAAGCAUCGGAAGUACUUCAAGUCUGGUGACGUUAUCAUCGUUGUCACAGGCUGGCGUCCAGGAUCUGGAUAUACCAACACCAUGCGCAUCGUUGUGGUGCCUUGAGCUCAACCCCAUGAACUGUACCUCAGCCCCCAACACCCUAUAGAUUCAUACGCAAACAUUUUGUCAGCUGUUCAUUCUCCAAUUUAAGCUAUUUAAGUUUCAAAAGCAGACCUGCGGUGUGGUUCACAUGCUUUAAACCCCCAGCAGACUUAGGAAUAUCGUUUAAUCCUUAUUCAUCCCACUGGAAAUUCUCUUCAUCAUCAUUGUACUGUAUGUGUCUACAGUGACAUUUUUGUAUCCUGAAAUAUUUAAUUCCAUAAUUUUUCCCUAUAUGUUAUUUGUUGUUGUUUAUUCUGAAAUAAUUAAACAUCAUAUCAUUUUGUUGA